AUGGCUGAUAUUACUGCUAUUUCUACCGAUCUGACCUCUGUGUCCAUGGAUUUGCUCCCUCCCCCGGAAGCGGUGUACGAUACACGCGAGGAACUGCUUGAAGCGGUGAAACAGCAUGCCCUCUCGCAGGGGUAUUGCACUGCUAUUAAAAGCGGUAACCCUAUCAGAAACGUGGCUAUCCACUGCGUCGAAUCAGUUUACCCCCAGGCACGGAAAUUUACAUCGAAUCAGAUUGAUAAGAUUCAAGAGCUAUCAGAUAUAGCUAUCGCCCCCCGGAAGAUCUUAUAA